AUGUUUAAGAAAUUCAGUAAAGAUGAUAUCCAUUCUCGUUCAAAUAUCAAAUCAUCAGUACAACGAGGUUUGAAAACAAAUUUCGUCAACUCGUAUCCAGAUUUAUCCAACGCAAUUGAUAACAUCAUACCUAAGAAAUCACAAGUCAUAUUGAUAAAAUGUGAAGACAAGAUCCAAUUAUACUCUGUCAACAACAGUAAUGCCACCAACCAGGAUGAUCACGAAGACGAUGAUAAUAAUAAUGAAAUUGUUUUGAUUCAGCAUUUCACCGAUAUCAUACCCACAUUGAGAACCGUACAUAAAUACCCCGAAUUGUUUCCUCGAGUGCAAGUCGAUCGUGGUGCCAUUAAAUUCGUAAUGAGUGGAGCUAAUAUCAUGUGUCCUGGAUUGACUUCCAAAGGUGGUCAAUUACCUGAGGACAAUUUGCCCGUAGAUACAAUUGUUACUGUUUAUGCUGAAGGUAAAGAGAAUGCAUUGGCUAUUGGGAAGUUGGUCAUGAGUGUGGAUGAUAUCAAGAAUAAGAAUAAGGGAAUCGGUAUUGAAUUGUUGCACUACUUGGGUGAUGGGUUAUGGAAUCAUAGAGAAUAA